AUGGCGGACUCCGUGGAUCGAGUCUUUGUUCAUGCCUUAAAUACCGUCAAGAAGAUACCCAAGACCGGAGCCUCGCGGCCGCCCCCUUCCGAGCGGCUACGGCUGUAUGGUCUCUACAAACAGGCCAUGGAGGGCGAUGUUGAUGGCGUCAUGGAGAUGCCCACGGCUGGGUCAGGUCUGCCGCCGGACGAGCUGCAGAAGGAGCGGGAUAAAUGGGAUGCGUGGAAUUCUCAAAAGGGCUUGACAAGGACUGAGUCCAAGAGGCGAUACAUCGAGGCCCUCAUCGAGACCAUGCACAAAUACGCAAAUACAUCAGAUGGGAGGGAACUCGUUGCCGAGCUCGAGUUUGUCUGGAAUCAGAUCAAAGACAACGUUCCUAGCUCCGAUUCCUCAUCCGCCAAUCAGAGAGACCUAACGCACAGCUUCCACCAGCCCAGGAGCGGCAGCGAGGGGCCCAUGAAGAUUCUCAGUCCCAUGAGCGAGCAGGACGCGGUCGAGCUGCGAUCCCGCAUGCUGGUUGACGAGGACGACGAGGACGCGGUGGCAAGGGACGAAGAGGACCGUGCCGUCAGCCUGCAGAACAGCCGGUGGUCCAAGAAGAUGGAGCGAGCCAUCACCAAGCUCACGGCAGAAGUCGCCGCUCUCCGCGAACAGAUCGCCACGGGGCGUGAGUGGAGGUCGAAGAAGGAGAAGAGCUUCCCCUCGUGGAUAAAGUGGUUCAUAUUCGUCGCCAUGAAGCACUUGCUGAUUGACUGCGUUGUCCUAAGCAUAAUACUCCUUUGGAUGAGGAGGCGAAAGGACCGGCGGCUGGAAGACAUUGUGAGGGCGGCAUUGCGGCUGGUCAGGGAAUACGUCAGAAAUGUGCUUCCGUCUAGGUGA